CCAAAUAAGUUUAAAAUAAAACUUCCCCUUCCCUUCCCCCUCUCUACCCUCCAUCCAAACAGGCCAUAAAUCUAUAUAACAACCCAUUUCAGGCCCAUUCUUCAUAUUGAUUUCGUAUCCGAGCGUUGUACCCGAAAAUUUUUCAAAAGCGCGGAAGCUGAAAAAAUGGCGGAACCCCUAACCCUCACUUCACCGGCCGAGGCCUCGGAGACUGUAAGCAUGGACUUGAAGACCUUUCGAAGUCGAUUGAAGGAUCUUCAAGAAUCGCGAUCAGCUCCCCUCGAUUCUUCUGAAACCUCAAAUCACGAUCCCAAAAACUUGAUUCAAGAGCUCAUUUCAGAUCUCCAGGGGAGGAUCAAGCAGAUAGAGUUGGAGGAAGAGAAUGUUGCAAGCUUGGGACCUGAUGAUUUAGAGGAGUUCUUAGAACAGUUGAAAAAGGAGGUAGACUCAACGGAGGAGGAGAAUAUGAAGAUUUCCAAUGAAAUUAAUGAUCUUACAAGGACGUUCUCAGAAGCUAUUAUUUUUGCAGAUUUGAAUUUGCUGGAUGGUGAACUUGAAUCAAUGGCUUUUUGGCUGAAUCUUAUCGAUUCACAGGGUUUAGAUGUCAGAUUAUACUCGGGUGAUGAGAUGGAUAUACUCAAAGAUAACCAGUAUGAGAUAUUGAAGCUUCAACAGGAUAUUGAUCGACACCAAAAUAAUUUAAGUAUUCUGCAAGAUCUUGAUUUUGUUUUCAAAAGGAUGGAAGCGAUUGGGCAAAUUGAAGAUAAACUAUCACAAGUCAAGGUUCUUGAAUUUGAAGAUAACUGCAUUAGGCUGUCACUGAAAACGCCCAUCCCUUCCUCAGAAAGUUUACUUCUCAGACAUAAGUUGGAUUAUCAAGUAGAGCCAUCUACAGUGGAACAUGAGUUGUUAAUAGAAGUUGUUGAAAAGACUUUGGAAGUACAUAAAGUUGAGAUUUUCCCUAAUGAUGUACCCCUCAAUGAUAUUGUUUACACAAUUAAAUCCUCAAGUAACAUGCCAAUUGCAAGGAAUUGUUCUGCACUCGAAUAUUUGGUGAGGCAUGUUCAACAUCGAAUUCUCAUAUGCACUCUAAGACGUUUGUUACUGAAAGAUGCAAAAAUAUCAAGACACUCUUUUGAGUACUCUGACAGAGAUGAGACUAUCACAGCUCAUCUGGUUGGGGGUAUUGAUGCUUUCAUAAAAGUAACUCAGAGCUGGCCGAUAUCAGAUUCUGGUUUGAAGUUGGUCUCUAUAAAAAACUCCAAUAGCCAAUCCAAGAGCAUUUCCCUGAGUUUUCUUUACAAGGUUAAGGAACUUACAAAUUCUUUGAACAUUCAAACUCGAGGCCAUCUUGUUCGAUUCCUGGAUGCAAUCGAAGAAAUACUUGUCCGGGAGAUGCAUUCUGAGCUCCAUUCAAAUGACAUUUCUGCCUGAAACCUUCAAUUUCGUUAUGCACUCGUCUUGUAAUUAGCUUUUCUUAUGCUACCCAGUUUUAGAAGCAAAGCGUUCUUUAUUGAUGUAUCUCGUGUGAAAUCUUCAAAUGUUAGUUUAGGGUAUUGUUUCGGAUUCAGUUGGCUAUUUGUGCUCCUCUUGUUGAAUGAAAUGCUUUUGGUAUUCUAUUGGGAUUUUCUUAAUAGAAUGACCGAAUUAUCUGCA